UAUUUGUUGGAGAUGCUUUCUGCUAGUGCUCGACAAAUAGUAGCCUCUCGACCUUUGACUUAUCGAUUAGGUGCUCGUUUAACUAGUCGAGCUAUUGUCAAUACCCUUUAUCAACAACCUAGUUUACAAAGUCGUCGAGGAUACAGUAACCAAGAUGCCAGUGCUACUUCUGAAAAGGAAACAAUUGUCAAACUUCUUUACAAUAUUGGCUCUCGAAAAGAAGUAGAACAAUACCUUCGUCACUUCUCCUCGGUGGAAUCUCAAAAGUUUGCUGUCAUCAAGGUGGGUGGUGCCGUAUUGACAGAUGAACUUGAAACCUUAGCAUCAGCUUUAACUUUUUUGAAUCGUGUUGGUUUAUAUCCUAUUGUAUUACAUGGUGCCGGUCCUCAGUUGAAUCGCUUAUUGGACGAUGCUGGUAUUGAACCUCAAUAUGAAGAAGGUAUUCGUAUUACUGACCCUCAAACAUUGGAAAUUGCUCGCAAGGUAUUUUUGGCUGAAAAUUUGAAACUCGUGGAUGCUUUGGAACGUCAUGGUACUCGUGCUCGUCCUAUUCCAGGAGGUGUAUUUGUUGCUGACUAUUUGGAUAAAGAAAAGUAUGGUUAUGUGGGUCAAAUCAAGAGUGUCAAUAAGGAAGUCAUCGAAUCAUCUAUCCGUGCUGGUACUCUCCCCAUUUUAACCUCUUUGGCUGAAACACCUGAUGGUCAAAUCCUGAAUGUGAAUGCUGACGUUGCUGCCGCUGAAUUAGCUACUGUUUUGGAACCUUUGAAAAUUGUCUUUUUGAAUGAAAAGAAUGGAUUAUAUCAUGGUGUUACUGGAAAGAAAAUUGAUGUGAUCAAUUUGGAUGAAGAAUAUGAUGAUUUACUCAAAGAACCUUGGGUUAAAUAUGGUACAAAACUCAAGAUUCGUCAAUGUAAGGAAUUAUUGGAUGGACUUCCUCGAUCUUCUUCUGUUGCUAUCAUCUCUGCCGGUCAUCUUCAUAAGGAAUUAUUUACAGACUCUGGUGCUGGUACUUUGAUUCGUCGAGGACACAAAUUAUUCAAGUAUGACCAAUUGGAUCAAGUUGAUCCUGACAAACUCCGCCGUAUCAUGGAAGCUGAAGAUAAUGUGGUCAAGUCUGGAACAACUUCUGUAGCAAGUUAUCUCCGUGAAUUACAACAAAAACCUAAAGUCAAUAUUUACACUGAUGAACCUGGACAAGUUUUGGCUGUUGUUACAAGUGAUCCUUCUGAUCCAAGUCAACCUGCAGUAUUAGAAAAAUUAUUAGCUAGCAAGACAGCUGUUCUCAACAAUGUACCUGACAAUCUUUGGAACACUAUUCGAAAAGAUCAUAAUGUAUUGACUUGGCGUGUGGAUGCAAAGGAAGGAGAAGCUAAUUUGGAUCGAUCAUGGCAUUUCGAACGUGCUGAUGGUUCUCUUCGCAACCCCAAAGAUGGAAGUACCAUGUUCUUCUACGGUAUUCAAGAUUCUGAUAAGGUAAAGCAAACUUUGGAUGGAUUCAAUGGACAAACCGUUCCUUCUGGUACUCGUGCUUAUUCUACCUUGGGUUAUCAACAACGUCGAGGAUUUGCUACAGUUACACAUCAAAAAAAGAACAUUGGUCUUAUUGGUGCUCGUGGCUAUACUGGAAAGGAACUUGUUAACAUCAUCAACAAUCAUCCCCAUAUGAAUUUGACCCAUGUUAGCUCUCGUGAAUUAGAAGGUAAACCUUUAGAAGGUUACACCAAGGCUGAUUUAACCUAUGUCAAUUUGAAACCUGAUGAUCUCAAGGCACAAGAACAAGUCGAUGCUUGGGUAAUGGCUUUACCUAAUGGCGUUUGUACUCCUUUUGUCCAUCAAAUUGAAAAGGAUGUCAAGGAAGGUGAUUCAAAGAACAAAGUGAUUAUUGAUUUGGGUGCUGAUUAUCGAUUUGAUGAUACUUGGACUUAUGGUUUACCUGAAUUCAAUCGAGUCAAUUUACAAGGAGCUAAUCGAAUCUCCAAUCCUGGAUGUUAUGCCACAGGUGCACAAAUGUCUUUACGACCCUUAUUACCUUUCUUGGACAAGUUAUCCUCUCCAACAGUAUUUGGUGUGUCAGGUUACUCGGGUGCUGGCACCAAACCUUCUCCCAAGAAUGAUCCUGCUGUUUUACAUGAUAAUUUAUUACCUUACACCUUGACAGGCCAUAUCCAUGAACGUGAAGUAUCUCAUCAAUUGGGUACUCGGGUCAACUUUAUUCCUCAUGUUGCUUCUUGGUUCCAAGGUAUCUCUUUGACUGUUAAUGUUCCUUUGGCCAAGCCUAUGUCCAGUCGUGAUAUCAAAUCGGCCUUCCAGGAAUAUUAUCAAGAUGAAAAGUUAGUGCAUGUAUUGGAUCAAGGUGAACCCUAUGUUCGUGACAAUUCUGGCAAACAUUUUGUUCGUAUCGGUGGGUUCGCCGUUCAUCCUGAAGGUCGUCGUGCUGUCAUUAUUACUACCAUAGAUAAUCUUCUUAAAGGUAGUGCCACUCAAGCUGUUCAAAAUCUUAACUUGGCUCUUGGUUUCGAUGAAUAUGCUGGUAUUCCUAUAGAAUAGAUUUUUUUUUUUAUAUUGUUAUUACUGUAUCUUUUUUUCUCCCCCCAGCAUCUUAUAUUACAUUAUUAUCAUUUUUAUUUACUUCAUUGAUUGUUCAAUAAUAAAAAAAAAGUAAUUAUAAUCAUCA